AAUACGCAGAGUGGACAAAAGGAGAACGAAAGUGGAAGGCGAGAGCUGACCGAAGACGCACAGACAGGGGCUUGUAGGAAUACACUGUACAAUACACGGCGUUACGUUGGAGAGGCUGCGUGUCCCUGACGUGAAUAAGAGCAGGACAAGUCUGUACUACUCCCGGUGACAUUACUGUACCUCUGACGAGAGACGCCCAGUAUCCGCCGUCUGGUGACUCUUCCUGGGAUCCACACGCACAUAGCGCCAGAGCAACAGGAGCCUGCCGGGAACUCGCGGCCAUGUCCACCUCCCCGCUGCCCAGGAAGGGAUACUAUACCCAGGAGGUGAAUAAGACUGUGUGGGAGGUGAAGGAGAGGUACAGAGAGCUGCUGGCUGUGGGCUCAGGAGCCUAUGGUAUUGUUUGCUCAUCUCUUGACACUAGGACUGGAACAAAGGUAGCUAUCAAGAAACUGUACCGUCCUUUUCAAUCGGAACUCUUUGCAAAACGAGCUUAUAGAGAACUGAGGCUUUUGAAGCACAUGCAGCAUGAAAACGUAAUUGGAUUAUUGGAUGUUUUUACUCCAGACACAAAUUUGGAUAAAUUCAAUGAUUUUUAUUUAGUGAUGCCAUUCAUGGGUACAGACCUUGGCAAGAUAAUGAAACAUGAAAAGCUAUCUGAAGACCGAAUCCAGUUUCUGGUUUACCAGAUCCUCAGGGGGCUAAAGUACAUUCAUUCAGCUGGCAUAAUCCACAGGGAUUUAAAACCUGGAAAUCUUGCAGUAAAUGAAGACUGUGAAUUAAAGAUUCUGGAUUUUGGCCUGGCAAGACACACAGACAGUGAAAUGACUGGUUAUGUGGUGACCAGAUGGUACAGAGCCCCAGAGGUGAUACUCAAUUGGAUGCACUACACUCAGACAGUGGAUAUCUGGUCAGUUGGCUGUAUCAUGGCAGAGAUGUACACCGGGAGGCCACUGUUCAAGGGAAAUGACCAUCUGAAUCAGCUAACAGAAAUCAUGAAAAUUACUGGGACACCAACUCAGGAUUUUGUCCAGAAGCUCCAGAGUACUGAUGCUAAAAACUAUAUCAAGAGUCUCCCUAAAGUGCAGAAGAAAGACUUUGGAUCAUUGCUAAGAUAUGCAAACCCUCUUGCUGUAAAUAUCCUUGAGAAGAUGUUGGUGCUGGAUGCAGAGAAGAGGAUAACUGCCACAGAGGCUUUAGCACAUGCUUACUUUGAGCAGUUCCAUGAUAUUGAUGACGAGACUGAAGCAGAACCCUAUGAUGAUUCAUUUGACAAUGUAAAUCUUCCCCUGGAGGAAUGGAAACGGCUCACACACGAGGAGCUCACUAGCUUUGAGCCAUUGGUGGCCGAUUCAAAGGAAACUUCGGUAUAAUGUGUCACAAGGCUGCAAACAAAUGUGAGCUGUAACUGUUCAAAACUGGACUUUAACUGGAUGUAAACUGUAUGGUCUUUAUUGUAGGAACCAUUUGUGUUGCUCCCCCAACAUGGAUCUAGUGCCUUUUUGUAUAUCCUUUGUAGGGGUGUUUGAUUUGCCAGUUCGUUAUCUUACUGCUGCAAAUAAUGUGCUAUUAUUGUGAAGAAAUGGUGUACAAAAUGAAAUGAUUCAUUCCAUUGUGACGAUUCAGUGUAAGUGUAGAAUUUUGCUUUUGCCUUUGUAUGAGUGGUCUGACUGUACUAGCACACUAUAUAUUCCCACAAACCUUAGCACUAGGUAGAUGUGAACUUAUUCUGCCUAAAAUACUCAUUUCUGUUAGGGUUGUAUUCUUUCUGCUCUGCUGAUAUGGUUUCAGUAUGUAGUGUAGCUUAAAUCCCCACAUUAGGAAUAAAAAUGGUACAUAAAUCAUAGAAAGCUAAUAUUUUUUAAGUCUAUGGAAUAUUGCCAUUGUUGCUAACCAGCCUUUAAUGUACUAUAUUAAGUGCCCAUUUCAAAUUCACAUUAUUUGUUUAAAUAUUUUUGUUCCAGUAUUUUGUCAUCUGCUUCACUCUUACACUACCUGACAUAAUUCUCUGGACCCAUUGGUACAUUUAGCACUACAUUAAAAUAAAGCAUUAAGUCAAAAUGUAAAUGAAUAGGCAUUACUGCCCUGUAAUACGAAAUGGUGCCUAUAAACAUUGCUUGCCAUCAA